UGUCAAUGUCAGUUCUAAGUUAAAAAAAUGUUUUAACGGAAUUGAAAAUCUAAAAUAAAGUAAUUUUUUAAAACAAUGCCGCCUGAUUCGUAUCUUGUAGAGGUACUUCAUUAUUUAAAUCCACAUUUGAUAUGGAUCGAAGUAAUAGAUCCGUCUGUUGCGCGAGGAGACAAAUUUGUUUUCGAGCAAAUCGGUAUUUACGGAGUUCUGCCUGUGGAACUUACAUUAGAUGUAGAGGAAGAAGACCUCAAGACGCGAGUGUCGGAUGAAUGGUUACCGGCGGCGUCAGUCACAAUAAAAAAGGCACUGGCUGAAGCAAAAGAAGUGAAGUUCUGUCCCACAUACAUUGACCGAAGAUCUUCAAUUUUUGAUGACAACAUUCAUAAGUAUGGUGAGUUAUUGGUAAAAAAACGUGAUAAAAAAUGGAAGCCAUUGUCAAAGAUUUUAAUAAAAGCAGGCAUUGCAAUCUACGACAUGUGCCUUUUUCACCAACAAUUAGGUUUGGGCAAAUUAAACACAAGGCUCAAAAGCUCAGAAUCUGAAGCAGUGAUACAAGACAUUGAAAAUUAUUAUUUAAAGAAAAAUGUAUCCAAGAAAAAUUGGAAAAAGUCAGUGGAAGAACAAACGGUAGUGAGCCAUGCCACACUGGAAUUAGAAUCCGCAUUAACUACAAUGAAUUUACAAAAGCACAAUGAUGUAAUGCAACAAUUGCUACAAAAUAAACUAAAUGACUUUGAACUGUGCAAAGAUAUAGAUGAAGAGCCAUUGGGAAAGGGUUUCAAAGGUAAACAACAAAAUGUUACCAGAGAAACAAAGACUAAAGAAGCAUUAAAUUCAAAUCUUGAAAACAAUCUUAAAGCGACAACAUUGAAGAAAAAACUUGAAUUGAUGACAAAGAAGAGUAAUAGCCAAAAAAUGGACAAUGGAUUUAAAAAUAAUCCAAAACAAAUAUUGGAAAAUACGAAAAAGUUCUUAGAACUGAACGCUACUAAAAAUCUUGAAAGAAAAUUAAAUCAAGAAAUAUCAUGUAAAAAUAAUAAAGAUCUGGUAACUGAAACAAAAAGUUAUUAUAAUGGUCUAACAUUUAUCAAAGGAAACCAAAAUAUUACAGGAUUAAAACUACCGAAACCAAUCCCAAAAGAAUAUCCUGCAAAUGAAAAAAGAGUAUGUUAUGGACCACCUGGUAUUUUACCAACAAAAUUAUCAGUGAAAGUAUUGGUUGAAAAUGUUGAACCACCACUUGAUUCAUCCACUUGUGUUGAUAAUCAAGAGAAAACUGUAGAGAAGGAGGAUAUUUUUGCUAACAUAGAUUCAGGUUUAAAUGUAGAAAUAACUAAUAAAAACUCUCUGAUGAGUAUUAAACAAAAUGUUGAAAUAAAUCAAAAAUAUACCGAUCCUGCAAGAUUCAAUAGGAGAGAAAGUACUUCAAGUAAAGGCAAUGACAACCUUAAUUUAACAGAUAGGACUGAUUCAGAAAUUACAGUCAAAUCUUCAAGUAAAGUUUUACAAAAAAAGUUAAUGUUAUAUGAAAGGAAAAAAACAAAUUUUCUAGACAGUUCUUUUACUUCAUGUUCAGAAACAUCAAAUAAAGAUUCAUCUUCUUUGGAAGAUGUUAAGGUUAGAAAAAAAGAAAAUAAAAAAGAAAUUCGAGAUUCAGAUGAUGAAGAAGUUAUUAGAAAAAUUAAUGAAGAGUACUCUAUUCCUAAUGUAUGUAAAGAACUUAAAUGCCAAAAUACAAACGCAGAUAAUAACAUAUCUAUGAAAAAUUCUGUAAACCCUUUCAAAAAUAUUGACCCGACAAUAUCUAUAUUUGUAGAAAAACUUGUAACUCCCGUAUUAAUGGUGCAUACGAAAAUGAACAAACGAAUAGAACCUGUUUUCAAUCUUCGAGAUGUAAACUUCAAUGCAAAUAUACAAAUGGCUUUAAAAACUAUGUCCAUAGAAAGUCCUAUGAUGUUGCAAACAAUAUCUUGGUUUUGUAUACUACGUGGUUACAGUACAUUUAUGAUAAGUCCUGUAGGAAGUGGAAAAACAAUGGGUUAUUUGCCAGCUGUAUGUCGUUUGGUAUCUGAUAUAGACUCAGAUGAUACAGAAAGUGUAGGUCCUAAAAGUAUUAUAAUAUGUGCAACUGCUAGAUCUGUAGGUAAAGUCGAAAAGAUGUCGAAAAUGUUCUUAAACGUCAACAAUAAAGUGAUCACAUGUUUUGCAGGUGUUGAUGAUGCACUGAUAACUACUUCUUUGUUGAAUGGCUGUGACCUACUAAUUUGUACACCAUCGUAUUUAGUACGGUUACUUCAGAUUACUGACUUUGGGGUUGAUUUACGUCGUCUUGCGACAGUUGUGCUCGAUGAUUGUGAAAGAUUAGGAGAAGUUUACAUCAAUGAACUGAAAUACAUCAUGUUGAGAAUUAAAGAAACUCUUAAGAAUCGGGCCAAUAAAGAGCUAAGAGUACAAUAUAUCGUAGCGUCACGCAUUUGGUGUGAUUUUAUGGAACCAAUAGUGAAGAAAGCUCCAUACUCAAUUGUCUGUAUCGGUGCAUUCCAGGAGUGCGUGCUAUAUUCAAAGGCGGGAAUGUCCGUUAGUUUUGUUUAUGAUAAUACUAAAAUGCAAGCUGUUCAUGAUUUUCUUACCCAAAUCGACGUUACUAAAAGAAUUGUAAUUGUUUGUGAUACAGAUGAUGAAAUAUUUUUAUUAAAAAAUGCCCUGAGGAAAUAUAAAAAUCCAGUUUUCACUUGUGACAGUAGCAUGACCAUUCAAGAUCUGUACAAUUUGAGAAUCACAUGGGAUGAAUACGAGGAACCAUUGUUGGGCCCAAUUCUAUUAUGUUGCAAUGACACUCUGGCUCAUAUGAACGUUACUGACGCCUACUAUUUACUCAUUUAUUCUCUUCCACCAUUGUUCUCUACGUUCUGUAGAUGGUUUUCAGUUUUAAAUGACAAAUACCCAUCUAUAUUUAAAUCUGACAACGAUAUUGUGAAAAUUAAAAUAUUAAUUGAAGAAAAAAAUGUAGAACAGUUGCCAAAAAUGCUUAAUUUUAUUAGACGAUGCACUGAUAAUACAUUUCCACAACACCUUAAUGUAAUAUGCAAAAAUAUUAUGGUUGAAAAAGAUAAAGCCAAAGCCUCAAAAUUAGUACCACUUUGCAAUAAUUUACUCGGUCUUGGCUAUUGUCCUGAUUAUUGGAACUGUCACUUUAGACACAGUUUUGUGGAAGAUGUUGAUAACAUGAAAGAAUGGAUGCCACUAACUGGCCAGGUUACAUUUAAAAUCUUGCAUUAUCACUCCGCGGUAUGUUAUUCAGCGAGAUUACUUUCUAACACAGUGAAGGACUCAACCAAAAAGUAUCCACAAACAUACAGUACGCUUUCAUUAAAAAUGGGAAUGUAUUAUAGUAAGGAAUCUAACAAGAAACCACAUGGUAUACCAAAAAUUGGUGACAUCUGUGCGGUUUCUCUGAAACAAAACUUUUUUGCGAGGUGCCAAGUCAUAAAGAUUUUGAGCACUUAUCAAAGAGGUAAUCCUAAUUCUGUACUAAUCAAACUCUUAGAUGAAGAGAAGAUUGAAACUACAAGGGACAUUUACUUGUAUUAUAUACCUGAAGAACUGAAAAAAAUAGAAACGCAUGUUGUUCAAGUGAGACUGGCAAAUAUACAACCUAAAGAUAAAGACGUGACGUAUUCUGAUCUUGCUAGAGAUCAACUUAAAAGGAUAACUGACAAAGAUGAAGAGCUUUACAUGCGAGGAGAAGUAGCCAUGUCUAUUGGAAAUUGCGUUUUUGUAGAUACAUUAGAAGCUUGUCAGGACUUGGCGUCUAUAAACCAAACUGUCGUGAAACAUGAUUUUAAAUCUGACCUUCUAGAAAAACAUGCCGUACCAAAUAUGGAACACUUGGACAAAAUUAAAAAGCUUUGUGACGACAAAUUUGAAGUUAAAGUUAAAACGCAAACUCGCAAAUCUUUGGAGUCAAAAAAAACGAAAACGAUUGGCUCUUGGGCACAUUUAGAUAAAGACAACAUGUCAUUGGUCUUUUUCGGAUGCGCUUUAAGUCCAAGUAAAUUCUUCGUGCGUCUUCAAAAGUUUGAGUCGUGUUUAAAUAUGUUACUGAAAGAAAUACAGAAAUUUGUCGCCGAAAAUCCUAAACCAUUGAGUCAUGUCGAGGAGGGUGAUAUUGUGUUAGCUAUGUUCCCAGACGACGAAACAUUUGAAAGAGCUCGAAUCGACAGUAUCAUUGACAACAAUAAAGUAAAAUGUUUCUUCGUUGACCAAGGUGAUUGGAGAGAGGUGUCUACUAAAAAAAUGAUAGCUAUGAAAGAAGAAUUCAUAUCCAAGUUGCCAUUCCAAGCAAUCGAAUGUAGACUAUUAGGCGUUACACCCGCCGGAGAGGAAUGGACAGAUUUCGCAACAAAUUGGUUCUCCAAUAUAUGUUUUGACGUCGACACUGAUAAUAUGAAAUCUUUAUAUGUAAAAUGUUUUACAAAGGAGAAGGCUGAAUUUACUGGUGGCAAUAAAUAUGGUAUUGUGAUGAUCGAUACUAACAGUGACGACGAUAUUGUUAUAAAUCAAGUAUUGAUUGAUGUUAAUUUGGCUAAAGAGAAUAAAAGUGAAAUGAAAUAUUUGGACAAAUGUGAAACGAUCAAUGUGAGUAAAAAUUCUUCAAAAAGUGAUCAACUGUCUGAUUCAGAAGUAGAAGAAGUUGAGGAUAAUGAAAGUUUUCCAAUGUGUAAGACGGGCAAUGUAAAGGCAAACAAUAUGUCCACGUUAGACACUAUUUUCAAACAACCAAUAAGAUCUGUACCUUUAGUAGGGUCCGAUGAUUCAGAUGAUUCAGAUCGAUGGCAUAUCAACAUGGCUGAAGAUUUCUUUAAACUUUUCAAACCUAAUACAAAUGAUUCUAAAAUAAAAGAUGUUAAAAACCUUUCUGCAAUUAUGAAUGGGACAGAAAAGGAUGUGAACAAUUCCGAUGAUAAGCCUGAAAAUAGUUUACCAAAAUUAUCCCAAAUCCAAAAUAAUACCAAAGAAUUAGAUUCCGAUGAUUACACGUCACCCGAAUCAUCUGAUGUCUUAAAUACACCAGAUAAACGUGUCAUAAAAUCUCUGUUAGUUACAGAUAAUAUGCGAAAACCAAAAGUAAUUUGGCGUCAAAAUAAAAAGUUUGUAUUUAUUAAAGUAAAUCUUAUCGGCCUACAGAUGUAUGACGUUAAAAUUGAAGGUCGGGCAAUAAGUUUUGCAGCAAAUCUGAAUGACGUAGAUUACGCAUUCGAUAUCGAACUGUACGGGGCUAUAGACGUUGUGAAGUCACAACAUUGGAACAAAGGACAAUAUAUCCUUAUGAAAUUACAUAAGAUUUUAAACAAAAACUGGUUGACUUUGACCAAAGAUGGAGAAAUAAGGAAAUGGAUUGUGUAUGACGUGGAGUCUAUUGAUGUUUCGUCUGAUGAAGAUAUUAUUGAAGAACAUAGUAAAAAAGCAAUGUUGAGCGCAAUUCAGAAUAUUUAUAAUAAACAGGAAACAGAAAGUGAAGACGAUGAUUUUGACGAUGAUCUAAAUUAUGGAUAUACAAAAAAAUAAUUGAGAUACUAGGAUUUUUAAUUAAACAUAUACUUAUGUGUAAGUGACACAUAAUAUAUACAAGUUAAAAAAGGAAUAACCAAUAGAAAUGCAUGUUUUUAACUUCAAUUUAGUUGAAGUAAGGAUCAACUGCGACAAGCUUAACUGGGCCGGUAAGACGCGAUGAUGUCACGGUUGGUUCUGACAGAAAAUAUGUACAUCCUAAAUAGCCAUAGAAAAAUUACAAAUAAACAUUCGGGAAGGAUAUUGUGACGCUUUUUUGACAUUGACAGAGGACGCUAGCGAGCUGUCUUAAUUUAGUUUUACUUAUGUCGGCAGGGUCACUUAAUUUUUUCGGUCUAUAAUUUGCAGUAUGGAUGUCAAAAUUUCAUGAAAACACG